UUGACAGACAAAAAAUCCUACAUAACCUCUUGCGUACAUUUUCCUAGUACAUUAAAAUAAUUAAAAAACACUAUUUAUAAAUUACAUAAAUGGCUUCCUUAAAAGUGUAUUCAGUGGGCAGGUUAGCGAGAUACAUGACAGAAUCAUCGAUACGGAAUAUACGCACAAAUUUGUAUAGAAGUUCAGCAGCAAGAUACAGCACAGAAGAGAAGGCAGCGGAACCUGAAUCUAGUGACAAGCAGUUGCCAACAUCUGUAGAAGAGUGUCACAAGCAGAUUGAGUCAUUAACUAGUGAAGUAGGCAAGCUUAAGCAACAGCUUAGUGAUUAUGAAGACAAGUACAAGCGAGCGCUGGCAGACAGUGAGAAUGUGCGGAGACGGAUGCUGAAGCAAGUGGAGGAUGCCAAGUCAUUUGCCAUACAGAGCUUCUGCAAGGACUUACUGGAUGUAGCUGACACCCUCUCUGCAGCGGCAGAGAGUGUGCCGGAGGGCGUGGAGGGAGAGGGCGCGCCGGCCGCACUCCGUUCCCUCCGAGAUGGCCUCAAACUGACCAAGGCGCAGCUCACACAGGUGUUCAGUAGACACGGCCUCGUAGUAGUGUCGCCGCUUCGAGAAAAGUUCGAUCCCAACUUGCACGAAGCAUUAUUCCAACAGGAAGUGGAAGGUGCAGAGCCGGGCACCGUGGUGGCGGUGAGCAAGGUGGGGUACAAACUGCACGAGCGCUGUGUGCGGCCGGCCUUAGUGGGAGUCGCCAAGGGAUCCUCCUAGUGUGGACACGCCUUUAUAUCGGGAUACCGGCCUUUAUGGAUUUUACAUUACGAAAUAAGUUUCACGACAUUUAUCAUAAUAGAGCCUCGAUAGCUCAACGGUUGAGGAGCGGACUGAAUCCCGAAAGAUCGGCGGUUCAAACACCACCCGUUGCACUAUUGUCGUACCCACUCCUAGCACAAGCUUUACGCUUAAUUGGAGGGGAAUGGGCAAUAUUAGUCAGUAUAAUUAAAUUGACUAAUAUUCUUUAAAAA